AUGGCGUCCGCCGAUGCGGAGAAGACGGAGCUAAAGGCGGAAGGGGCCAUUGAGACCGCCCAGCAAUUGCACCAAGACCCGCAGUCCCAAGUCAAUCCUGACACGAUUGAGGAAAAGCUGGUUGACGAGACUCGCGAAUCGGGCGCUCCCGCCUACCAGUUCGAUCCGGAUGCCUCCCCAGAAGAUAAGGCGAACGCAGCCAAAGCGGCAUUGCCGCCCAACUUCCACCACCCGAAGAAACCCAAGGGGAUGGCCGUGAUCACCGACAAGGAUGAUGGUGCUGCGGACUACGAUUUGCCUCCUCCACAAUCCGCAACUGCCCUCUUGGCGGAAGAAGCUACGACAGCAGAAGAGAAGGGUGGAAAGGAGGUCGAGGAGGACCUGCGUUGGGCGCGCAAUCGUACCGGGUGGGCUCCGCGGUUCGCCAUUGAGAAGACUGCCGAGCAAGAGGAGGAGGGUACUCUACUUGACCAUCAGACAUAUUUGGAGGGUAAACUACACGACAAGUUUUUCGGGGAUUGGUACCAUAAUGCCGCGAUCAUCGUGCUUGCCUGCUUGACUUCAUGGAUCAUUGCUGUCUUGGGCGGUGGCAUUGGCUGGGUGCUCUUGGUCAUGGCGGGAUGCAGCACCUACUACCGUACGUCGAUUCGCCGAGUGCGCCGCAAUUUCCGCGACGACGUCAACCGGGAGAUGUCCAAGCAGCGCCUGGAAACCGACACCGAAAGCCUCGAAUGGAUCAACAGCUUCUUGGUCAAGUUCUGGCCCAUCUAUGCCCCGGUUCUCUGCGACACAAUUAUCAACUCGGUUGACCAGGUUUUGAGCACCUCCACGCCGGCGUUCUUGGACAGCCUGCGCUUGAAGACGUUUGUUCUCGGUACUAAGCCGCCGCGUUUGGAGCAUGUUAAGACCUACCCUAAAACGGAACCCGAUACUGUCAUUAUGGACUGGAAAUUCAGCUUCACCCCCAAUGAUACCAUGGACUUGACUUCGCGUCAAUUGAAGGACAAGAUCAACCCCAAGGUGGUGCUGGAGGUCCGAGUGGGCAAGGGUGUCAUGAGCAAGGGCCUUGACGUGAUUGUCGAAGACAUGGCCUGCUCGGGCUUGAUGCGGGUCAAGGUCAAGCUUCAGAUUCCGUUCCCCCACAUUGAGCGUGUGGACGUCUGCUUCUUGGAGAAACCCGAGCUCGACUACGCUUGCAAGCCCAUCGGGGGCGAUCACCUCGGAUUCGAUAUCAACUUUAUCCCCGGCUUGGAAACCUUUAUCAAGGAACAGAUUCACAACAACCUCCAGCCCAUGAUGUACGACCCGAACGUCUUCCCCAUCGAGAUUGCCAAGAUGUUGGCUGGAAACCCCGUGGACCAGGCCAUUGGCGUUGUGGCGGUUACUCUGCACGGUGCGCACCAGCUGAAGAACCCGGACAAGUUCUCUGGUACUCCAGACCCGUACGCGAUCGUGUCCUUGAACAAUCGCACGGAGCUUGGCCGCACCAAGACCGUUUACGACACCGACAGCCCCCGCUGGAAUGAGACUAUUUACGUGAUCAUCACCUCCUUCACUGAUGCGCUGACCAUUGUCCCGUACGACUGGAAUGAAUACCGCAAGGACAAGGAGCUGGGAACUGCCAGCUUCGGAUUGGACAAGCUUGAACAGGAGCCCAGCCAUGAGGGGGUCUACCUGGAAGUGACCGCCAGUGGCCGCCACCGUGGUGCCAUCCAUGCCGAUAUCCGUUUUUUCCCUGUUUUGGAGGGCACAAAGCUGGAGUCAGGAGAGACCGAAGCACCCCCGGAGAUGAACACCGGUAUCGCUCAAUUUACUGUCGAGCAAGCCAAGGACCUGGAUGGAAGCAAGAGUCUGGUUGGCAAGCUCAAUCCUUACGGUGUCUUGCUCUUGAACGGGAAGGAGAUCCACAUCACAAACAAAUUGAAACGUACCAACAACCCUAUCUUUCAAAACGCUUCCAAGGAGUUUUUGGUGACGGACCGCAAGCACGCUCGACUGGGUCUCAUCAUCAAGGAUGAUCGUGAUCUCAUGACCGAUCCCAUCCUUGGCCGGUACCAGAUCAAGAUGAAUGAUAUGGUCAAAAUGAUGGAGCGAGGUCAGCAGUGGUUCCAUCUCCACGGUGCCAAGGGUGGACGUGUGAAGAUGAUGCUGCAGUGGAAGCCCGUUGCGCUGGGAGGCAUAUCGGGCAGUGCGGGCUAUGUCGACCCUAUUGGUGUCAUGCGCUUUCACUUCAAGAGUGCGUCUGGCUUGCGGAACCUGGAGGCCAUGGGCAAGUCGGAUCCCUAUGCGCGUGUUCUGCUGUCCGGCAUCACUCGCGGCCGCACUGUCACUUUCCGUAACAACCUCAACCCUGAGUGGGAUGAGGUUGUGUAUGUUCCUAUCCGCAGUGCUCGUGAAAAGCUGACAGUGGAGGUUAUGGACGAGGAGUCGAUCAACAAAGAUCGCACUCUGGGUUGGGCAGACCUCAAGGCUUCUGACUUUGUCCGCGAAACGGAAACCGGCGAGUAUGAAAUCGACGACGAGAAACAGUCCAUCACCAGCAGUCUCCGUAUCGGCAACGGACCCGCCAAAGGUCAGCUGAACUAUACUGUUGCAUUCUACCCGACCGUGCCUGUGGUGAACCCAGAGGAUGAGGCCGACGAAGAGGAAGAGGAAGCGGAUGCCGUUGGCAGCCCGGGCCCCGACACUCCUCGAAAGAGCACACACUCCAAGUCUGCCAGUGUCGACUCCAAAGCUCUCUCCAAUGGAACAACCCCCAACGGCACCUCCAAUGGUUCUGCGGAGCCAAACACCAACGGCCGUACUAGUCUCGAGACGAACGCCUCGCGACCUACCACUAUUCGAGAUUCCGAGACUGCCUCUGUUCGGUCAAUCAAGGACGUUCCCAAGACUUUUGUCAGCGUAGAAGACCUCGGCAAAUAUGAAUCCGGUUUCAUUGUUUUCAAAUUCCACGAGGGCGAGCUGGCUUACAACAAUGUGCAGCUUGAAGUUUUGAUGGACGAUUACAUGUUCCCGGCCUACACCUCACCCAAGAUCCAUUCUACGACAGUCAAGUCCUCGGAUAUUGGUGAGGCUUUCGUGCGUGAACUUGAAUUCUCCAAGAUCACGCUGCGCCUGGUCAGGAAAGGUGACCCCAAGGAUUCAAGCGAGGAGCACACGGUCGCCAAGUUGACUGGCGACACGCUGCCCACGUUGCAGCGCAUCUUGUAUACUCCCACCGAGCUUGUCCUUCGUUCAACCUCCGGUGAGGUCAGUAAGAUUACCGUUAGUGCCCGGUACAUUCCCUCGCACAUGAAGCUCGACCCGACAGAGAGUAUCAACAACAUGGGUACCUUGCGUGUGAAAGUUCUGGACGCAGCCGAUCUGCCGUCGGCCGACCGCAACGGUCUCAGCGAUCCUUACUGCAAGUUCCGCCUGGGCGACGAGAGUGUGUUUAAGACCAACGUGCAAAAGAAGACGUUACAUCCGGCCUGGAACGAGUACUUUGAAACCCCCAUCAAGUCUCGGAUCGGCGCCAAUUUCCAUGUGGAUGUGUAUGAUUGGGACUUUGGUGACAAGGCCGACUUCCUGGGUGCGACCCCGAUUGACUUGGAGGGCCUCCCACCUUUCGAACCCAAGGAGGUGACCUUGCCGUUGGAUGGGAAAUCGGGUGUGAUCCGCCUCAAUUUACUCUUCAAACCCAGCUACGUCAUUCGGUCCCGUCAAGGCUCCUCAACCUUCUCAGGCACAUUUGCUGUCCCCGGCAAGAUUGUCGGGGCGCCCGUCAAGGGCGUGGGAUUUGUCGGUGGCAAUGUGGUCCGGGGCGCAUCGUUCCUGAAGCACGGUCUGAUGUCGCGCAUCCAUAAGGACAAGGGCGAGGACGAAGCGUCUCUGGCCAACAGUCAGGAUGAGCCCGCGGACUCUCGUCUGACUCCGGCCGUGUCGGUGGCAGACGGCGAGUCGCCCUCCACACCCCAGACCCCGCAAAAGGAGCACAGCCGUAAUCGCAGCGGUGCCUCGCAGUUCGGCGAUCGACUUAGUGUGAUCGGCGGCACGGGCCGCGGGGAUUCCGGCAGCGCCAACAUCACUGUUGUCUCCGCUACGGGAUUCCCCUCGACGGCCAAUGUGCGGGUGAUCGUCCGGGUCCAGGGACCCAAGGGCGCCAAGGAAAUCCACAAGACUAAGGCCUACAAGACCAGCAGCGGCAGCGUGCAGUACGACGACUCGUUCCGCGUGCCGAACGUGACUGCCGACGCCCAGUACCAGAUCCGGGUUGUGAACCACGCAACCUUUGGUUCAGAUGACGUUCUGGGAGAAGCUCCAUUCUUCGUGGAUGACCAGGGAUCUGUGGCCGGCCAGGACAAGGUCGUCAGCAUCGGCGAAGGCAGCGUGACCAUCCGGUCUAGCUUCGUCCCCUCGGAAUCGAGCCUCCGCCCGUCGACGUCGCACUCCACCGCCGGUGAGGCCUCGGAGGGUGCCGACAGCCCGGACUCGCGCAAGCUGCCUCGUCGGAGCUUCCUGAGCAAGCGGAGCGUGAGUGGUGCAUAA